AUGUCGCUGAUGUCGGCUUUUCGGCCACCGUCUACACGCACUUCGUCGAUUCGAAGUAGAUCACGCCCUCGGCGACGAAGAAGGGCUGGAAGACAUGAUGCUGCAGAGUUGGACUCCGAGAAUCAUUUCCAUGACCCCGAUGCUCACUCGAUUAUCACACCCUCGAAGCAUACCCCAAGACCGCUCCGAGUCUUGCGAGGCUCAGUAGCGGCUGGUGGUCCCCUUCGUCCGUUCCGGCUUGUGAAGCAAGAUAUAGUCAAUCUCCGUCGGCGAUACUUAUCUGACUGGACAGUGUUCAACCAAUUGAUCUUUGCCAGCGCAGUUUAUGUUUUCUUCACGAAUCUCCUGCCAGGAAUCACCUUUGCCAGCGACUUGUAUGUCCUGACAGGAAAGAGCUGGGGCACCAUUGAGGUUGUGUUUAGUACGGGACUGUGUGGGAUUAUCUUCUCACUAUUCUCAAUUCAGCCUCUCACCAUCCUGGGUGUCACCGGUCCCUUUUCAGUGUUGGCUGAAAACAUCUACUCGCUCUGUGAAGAAGCUUUCAAGAUUCCUUUCCUCCCGUUCAUGGCUUGGUCUCUCAUUCACUCCGCUUGGCUACACUAUAUUCUGGCUAUAAUCAAUGCGCAUGACUGGACUAUGCGCUAUGUCACGACUUUUGCUACUGAGAUAUUUUCUCUCCUCAACAGCAUCAUAUAUUUCCACAAGGCCAUCCAAGAGUUAGAGAGAGCACAUGAUUCCCUUUCCUUCGCGGCGUUCCUCUACGCUGUGAUUGGCGCCGUGGGAACUAUGCUUCUUGCCAUAUUUCUCUCGACAGCCGAGAGCUGGCGACCCUUGUUUCACCGUUACAUUCGACUUGGAUUGACGGAAUACGCUGCAGCCAUUUCGAUCAUUGUCUUCAUUGGCUUGCCUUAUGUAGGCGAGCUAGCGCAUCUCGACAAGAUGACUCUCCCAGUCAGUAGUUCAUUCCGACCAACCUCACCUGAGCGAGAAAUAUUCUUUGUCGAGUUCUGGAAAUUACCCGUCCAAUGGGUCUUUGUGGCUAUCAUUCCUGGCCUGAUUAUUACAAUUCUCUUUUUCUUUGACCACGAAGUCAGCUCGAUUAUCUGCACGAUCGAUCGAUAUGGGACUCGCAAGCCGGGCGGAUUCGCAUGGGAUAUCAUUUUGCUGGGCACAACCACAGCUCUCUGUGGGAUUCUCGGUAUUCCGCCAGCCAAUGGUCUUCUUCCGCAGGCCCCCUUGCACUCGGAGUCUCUCAUGCAUGCCGAGAAAGAAGAGACCAGAGUCAUCGUCAACGAAAAAGUCGAGACGCGAGAGGUCCGCCGUGUCUAUGAGCAACGCUGGUCAGCAUUUCUCCAUUCCGGGGCGAUUCUAUUGUUCGUCAGCCCACCGCUCAUGAAAGUGCUUGGCUUGACGCCAACCAGUGUCCUUGCGGGUCUUUUUCUUUUUAUGGGGGAGCAGAGUCUAUCAGUAAACCCUAUCCUAUAUCGUACAUUUUAUCUUCUCACGCCGCCAUCAGAGUUACCGCCACUACCACACUCCUUACAAGUGUCUACCAGAUCUAACCGGGAUGCAGCCGAGGAUUCCGUAUCUUGUACUCCGUCCUACAUCCCAAUCCACCUCUACACACUACUGCAGAUUGUCAUCACUGUGGUGAUAUUCAUAGUGACUUUAACCAAGGGUGCACCUGCGUUUCCAGUAUUGAUCAUUGCCCUCGUACCUUUCCGGCUGUUGGUCAUGAAACGCUGGUGGCACCGUGAAGUCCUCCGAUUCGUGGACGCCUGGGCUUGUCGUGAGGGAACCCCAGAGGAUGACGAGGACACAGUAACGAAGGGUCACCGGGCUACCGAAGAGAACUCAAGUGGUGGUGUUUUUGCUGGCCAGGGUGUCUUCCACCCUGAUUCCGAACAAGACACUCGUCGAGGUUCAUUGCCCAACAGGGCGAGUGCAGAGCCCAAGCAGGCGGAUGAGGGACAUGCUGAUAUUGGCCAUCAGCGUAUGCAUGGCAUGGCCGAUGACAGCAUGGCUCACGAAUGGAUUGAGCUCGGGGAUCAAGCCCCUGAUGAAGAGCUUGGACAUAGGAGAUAG